AUGGAGCACGCCUUCCUCAGUCGUAUCAACGCACACUUGGACGACAUCGAAGCGUAUCCGGACACCAUGCUCGCGUUUCGAGCUCAUCUCUCCACGCAGGAUGCAAUGUUGCAAAUCAAACACCAGGUACUUGACAAUAAGACGAGAGGUACUAGGGCCAUUCUAGGAUUAGACCUCAAGAAAGCCUUCGACAACGCAGCUCACGCAGCCAUACUGCGCAAGAUGGCCACACUAAAUCUAGGCAACCGAGCGUAUAACUACGUUAAGGAUUUCCUCACUAACGGGAGUAUCUCGUUAACCCUGGGCAAACUCGCAUCAGAAGACAGUAGUAUGGGCAGCGUCGGCGCCCCACAAGGCUCCGUCAUCUCGCCGAUGCUCUUUAAUCUCGUUAUGAUCGGCCUCCUCGAACGCCUAAACGCCAUUGAGGGAGUGCAUCACGCCAUAUACGCAGACGACAUUACGAUUUGGGUAUGCGAGGGAAGCGACGGAGAAAUCGAGCAGCGGCUACAGACCGCGGUUGAGGUAGUGGAACAGUACCUCGUAGGAACCGGUCUUGUCUGCUCGCCAGAAAAAUCUGAACUUCUUCUCUACCGCCCGACGCUUAAGGGAAGGCCCCCCAAGUGUUACAUCCGGCAUGCUGAGCACGAAUACAUUUGCGUACGCACCAAAGAAGGACACGAAAUACCAAGGGUCAAGCAGAUAACGAUGCUCGGACUCAUCAUAGAAUCCAACGGCGCCAACGGAGCAACGAUCAGGAAUCUGGAGACUAAAAUCACGAACACGAUGAGGCUCAUCAGAAGAAUCACCAACAGACAUCGCGGUAUGAAGGAGACCAGUGUCGUCAGACUCAUACACUCCUUCGUCAUUAGUCGCAUAACAUACGUGGCCGUCUACCACAACUGGUACACUGCAGAAAAGGCCAAGCUUAACACUCUAAUUAGAAGAACGCACAAGAUGGCGCUGGGCCUUCCUGAUAGCCCAAGCACGGAACUUCUGCUACAGCUGGGCAUCCACAAUACACUCGAAGAUUUGAUAGAGGCUCAACAAAUCUCGGAACUCGAGAGACUAACCAGGACACGAACGGGCAGGAGCAUCCUGGACAAACUGGAGAUAUCCUAUCACAAGCAGCACGGCGACGAGACAUCCCUGCCCAGCUCGAUCAGAGAAAAGCUACAGGUGGCUAGCCUACCUAAUAACAUGCAUCCCGGACUGAAUCAGGGUCGAAGAGCGAGACGGAAUGCUUCGGAGCACCUCCAAGCCACCCAGGACGAUGGCUGA